CUAGAUGUCUCCCUCGUGCAUCGCUUUUUUGCGAGUUUUGAACAUCUGUCGCUGCCUCUGAGCGCAAUGUACUACGGCUUAUUUAUAUUUCGUGUAUCAGGUGCGAGCUUCUGAUGAACGCUUUUGUUGUACGCAAGUGGGCACAGACCGUCGUCAGCACCUCCGGUGAAUUUCCCACAAGUCUUUUGUAUCGGGCUUCCGAUGCCGUUACAGAUCAAAGAGACCGCCAGCCUUCACGGCACGAAAGGCGACGCAGUGAUACAUUCACUCGCCAAGCUAUUGGAAAAGGUCCACCGCCUUGAGGCGAAGAAGCGCGCGGCUCACGGCUGUCCAUCAGAGCUCGGAGAGCACAUCGCGCUGGUGGAAGCGCAGUGUGCCUUGCUUGAGGAACAACUGCGGUACGCGCGACAAGUUCUGGUUUUCUCCACUAAACCGAGGAGCACUCCCGACGCAUUUCCGGAAGGCCCGUUUGCCAAGUCGCCCAGCUACGACAACGACGAUGUCUUUGACGAACCAGAAGGCGCUCGGGCCCCUGGGCCCGAGCAGCGACCUGCAGCCCAAAAGUCGGUCCCAGAGAUGAACACGGAAGACAGGAAAAGGACGUCGAGAAAAACGACUUCAAAGGUGCCUGAAGCUGCAGUGCCUGGGAAGCACUCGAGCCAGACUCGUCGAGCAAGGUCAACAUCUGCUGUUCCACACACUGUUCGUUUUCCUGACCAAGUUUACCAGUGCAGACUCAAUGUUGGAGAUGUGCCAUUCAUCCUCAGCAAAAGCACUUCAGCGAGUCACUCACUCCCUGCGAAUCUUCAGAACCUCGUGUCUCUGCUGAAGAAGGCCAAGCCACAGAGUGUGGGGCAGGACUUUGCAGAUGGCACACAUCGAAAUGUUUGUGUAGUAGGGAAAGCGGGCUUGCCCAGGAGCAACAGUGAGAUUGACUUGCGUGCGGCAUCUCAACCUGAUGCUGCUAGCAGAGACCUUGUGCAACUAAUGCACCAAGGGGAGCAGCUGUUGAAGCAGUUGAAUCAAGCCCAAAUGCCUGGCACGCGACACUCUCUAAAGUGCCAGUGCCGGCGGCUAAUCAGCCGCAUUCAGGCCAGAAUGGCAGACAUUGGAAAACCAGAGACUGGUUUCUCAAAUAGCACGGGAGCGAAGUUGACACACAAAAGAAAGGGCACUGUAAAGCCAAGAUCGGCUUCUACAUCCUCUCACGUUGGCGACGCUUUCAAUCGCGUUUUUAUGCGAGAGUUGAGGAGGAUUCAGAGCCACCUUGAAGAACAGAUAUGAACCGCAUCUGAGACAAAAACCACGAAACCAUACCUUUUGACAGUGAUUCUCUGAUCUCACAUUCAGAGCUCGUGAUUUGUGCCAUUGCUUUUGUAUAUUUCUAGGCUUGUACAGGCUUGUCAAAUCUGUACACCCAUGGUCAUAAGUAUGUGAACCAGGCUUUCUGUCCAAAAAAGCGUAAUUCUUUUGGUGCCUUGGGACUUGAAACUGAAGGCUGCAGUUCAGGCUUGGCAUUGCAAACAUCGUAGUGCAUUUGUCAAUUUCAGAUCGUCGAUCCGAGUUGGCAGGAAAGUUUUUUUUUUCACCACAGAUGUGGUCCACGUACUUAUGGUCAUGGGUGUACAUACUGCUGGCCCUGUGAUCACUAGUGAGAAUGUCAGCUGAUUUGCCUGGACCUGUCAAAAUGCCCUGCUAUUGGAUGGCGAGUAAAUGAUCCGCUACUUUUCUAAGUGCCAUAUUAUCAUACUGUUUAGUAACUCACACUUGUGUGCUGCGCUGUCACGUUCUUUGAUAUUUGAAAAGGGCACAGACAUGAAAAGAUGAGAACAUUGUUUUCUUUCUGGGAAUAAUAAAUAUUCUGUUGCUUGUGUA